GCUGCGCCUCCGGGUCCCCAACUCGCGCCCCCCUCCCCCGCGCGUGAAUGGUACGCUCCGGUCCGCACGGCCCGGCUGCAGUGGAUGUUGCUAGAGCCCACGCGGAGGAAGGAAGAGACGCAGGCAGGCUGCGGUGACCCAAGCAGCCGCCCCUGCCACAGGGACCCCUUCUCCGGGAGACCGGCAUCAUGACCCAAGGAAAGCUCUCCGUGGCUAACAAGGCUCCUGGGACCGAGGGGCAGCAGCAGGCGAAUGCUGAGAAGAAGGAGACUGUGGCAGUGCCCUCGGCCCCACCCUCUUAUGAGGAAGCCACCUCGGGAGAGGGGUUAAAGGCAGGAGCCUUCCCUCCGGUCCCCACAGCUGUGCCUCUCCACCCGAGCUGGGCCUAUGUGGACCCUAGCGGCAGCUCCUCCUAUGACAACCGUUUCCCCACUGGACACCAUGAACUUUUCACCACCUACAGUUGGGAUGACCAGAAAGUUCGCCGGGUUUUCAUCAGAAAGGUCUACACUAUCCUGCUUAUCCAGCUGCUGGUGACCUUGGGUAUCGUGGCUCUCUUUACCUUCUGUGACCCUGUGAAGAACUAUGUCCAAGCCAACCCAGCCUGGUACUGGGCAUCCUAUGCUGUGUUCUUUGCCACCUACCUGACUCUGGCUUGCUGUUCUGGACCCAGGAGACACUUCCCCUGGAACCUGAUCCUGCUGACCAUCUUUACCCUGUCCAUGGCCUACCUCACUGGGAUGCUGUCCAGUUACUACAACACCACAUCUGUGCUGCUGUGCCUGGGUAUCACAGCCCUCGUCUGCCUUUCAGUCACGGUCUUCAGCUUCCAGACCAAGUUUGACUUCACUUCCUGCCAGGGUGUGAUCUUCGUGCUGCUCAUGACCCUGUUCUUCAGCGGACUCAUCCUAGCCAUCCUCCUACCCUUCCAAUAUGUGCCCUGGCUCCACGCAGUCUACGCAGUGUUAGGAGCGGGUGUGUUUACGUUGUUCCUGGCAUUCGACACCCAGUUGCUGAUGGGUAGCCGACGCCACUCGCUGAGUCCCGAGGAGUAUAUAUUUGGAGCCCUCAACAUCUACCUGGACAUCAUCUACAUCUUCACCUUUUUCCUUCAGCUUUUUGGCACCAAUCGGGAAUGAGGAGUCCUUGCCACCCCGCUCCCCUCCUCCAGGAAAUGCUCCUUCCCAGUCCGUAACCUUCCCUGUGCUCCUGCCAGACCAGAUAUAAACUCGCUGCAGCCAGCCUGUGGCCAGCCACGCAGUCCCUCAGCCAGCCCUCGCGCACCCUCUGCAGCUUGUACAUUCGCCACCUUUGGGUGCCACAGAACUGAGGCCACACUGUCCCCUGUGCCACUCUCCUCUCAAUUACGUCUCCCAAACUGGGAAGUCAAGGCUGAAAGAGCCCCCUGGGUUUGAGGACCCAAAGGAUAGCGGGAGGAGCUCAAGAGGGCCUCAGAGUUGAGAAGGAGACCCCAGGAAGCCACGCCACACUGAGAUUCCUCCUGGGGCUGGAGUGGCCCUGGGGCACACUGUCCUGUGUGCAGCCUGCCCACCCUGCUCUGUUCCAGGCCACACAAUGCCCCUUCAGAAGAAGCGGCAGGGGAUACUGUCAGGCCCCACCUCCUCGGUUCCAGGACCAGCAUUUGGUCCAGGGACUCUACAGACAGGGUCAGAAGUCAUAGUUCUGCUGUUUGCUUGAAUUUGCCCUCCUGGAUCAGGACAGGGCACUCUGGGGAGGAGGUAGGGGCAGGGGGCACUGCACCUAAGUGAGGGUCUGUCUUGGGCUUCUGCCCCAGGGAGGUGGGCAAGAAAGUGAACUGGAGAGACCAGGCCCUGCAGCAGGGGCAACUACCCAGACCUGCGUCCACUUAGGGUGGGGGAACAUUGUCACCUCCUCAGCCUCCCCUGGGCUGCUCCCCCAGGUCUGAGGAGGAGCGGGGUGUGCUGGGGUCUCCAGAGGGUGUUCUAGGAGGAAGCAGCUCUGGCUGCUGGGCCAGCCCCAUGUGGAGGGAACCUGUUCUGCCCACAGCCCUACCCACAGAUGUGCCUGCGUCCCUCCACCACGUCUCAUUUCCUAAGACAGUCCCCAUGUGCUGCCACUUGCUGGCUUAUCCCCAGCCAGGUCUCCUGAGAGACCAGGUCUCCUUAGGAGUUGGCAGUGUCCACCCGCCUACACCCCCGGGGCCCCUCCCACUCAGCCCAGAAUCCCCGAGUCCCCGCCCCCCUAUCUCCACAUCUCUCCAAUUUGGAAGUUAUCCAGCUGAUGCUAACAGCCAGGGUCAGUGCCCAUGUGAUGAGGCCCAGGCUCCUUAUCAGCCUGCAGGUGGCCGGGAUCUCAGGCAGGGUGUGUGUCAGCCCCGAGCACCUGGGCAGUGUGCAGCCAGCAUGUGGCCAGCUCGGGCCAGUGGAAAGUUACUGAGUGGAGGCAAGGAGGCUCCUGGUGGAUACUAGGACCCACCCUCAACCUGUAAUUUUUGGCGCUCUGCUCUUUGUAUGCCAGGGGCUCUGCCCACCCCUAGGAAAGCUAACAAGGUAUGCUACUUGUUCACCCUCCUCCCUUUCCUACUUCUAGCUUUCAAGAAAUACUGCAGGAGUAUUUGAAGUUUUGUUCCAUCUUGGGUAUUUGAGGAGACAAGAAACCAAGGACCAGCAGGUGAUACGUGUGAGAUGAAGGCAACUGGGGCAUGGAGGAGACGCCCACUGUGUGCUGGUCUAAAUUAAUCCCUGCAGCAGUGCUGCAAAGGCAGAGUUCCGCACGUCCCCAUCACAGAGGGCACAGCCCAGGGAGUCAGAAGGGCUUGAGUCCAAAGCCAGACGGGUAGCAGUGGUGGAUCUAGUGUUCACAUCCAGGGCCACCUCACUCAAAAAGCAUCACUUUUGGGAUGUGCGGCGGAAUGGUAAAGCACUGGUCUAGCAUGCACAAAGCCCUGGGUUCAGUCCCCAGCAACAGAUACACAAGCGUGCGCGCGCGCGCGCGCGCACACACACACACACACACACACACACACACACACACACGCGGCUGAAAAGUUUCCCACCAGUCUGAAUGGGCUGGAAAGAAAGUGGGAGCCGAGAGGCUGGUGUCCAGCCCCGUGUCUGAGGACUUGCCAUGAGCGGCACCUGGCUUUGCAUGUCCCCCAUCCCAUGCCCACUGGAUUUUGAAUUCUGAGGUUUUCACCCCCUGGACACAACUGAGAGGCAGGAUUUCUAGUUGCUGGCUCCUAGCUUCAAUGCCACCAGGGCUGAUGUAUUAGUAUACCAAUAGUAUACUAAUCAAGUGUACCAAGUAUUUCUUGCUGUCUGUGACUCAGUUUUCCUAUCUACAAAAUAGAAGUCUAUGACCAGUCUGGGGCAGGAAGAAACAUCAGGAUUCUUAUUCCCAUUGACUUCCUGGUCCUCAAGCUCCCUUAGCUUCCUUUCCUAAUCUCUGGCCUCAAGUUCUGGAAGGGUUUGCCACCCCCCAACCCCCUUGGCCUGCUGUUCUCACCCUGGACAGCUUCCCACUUGUCCAAAUCCUCCUCUUCAUUGGCUAAUUUAUGCACAAGUAGAAUUAACUUUUCCAAGGCUGGGAUUGGAGGAGAGGCAAGCCCUCAGACAUCAGUGAAGUGACCCAGGCACAAACCAUGGCUGUCUCAAGGAAGACUCUUAUGUGGAAAUGGAGCGGCCCCCAAGGAGGGUGCAGCAGCCGCCAGCUGCCUGCCUUGGGUUCUGAGCACCUGAGGCCAGCACUGCUGAGCUGACUACAAAGCUGGAGCUCGAGCUUGCCUGUCUGACCUCCAACCCGGGCAGUGAGGCAUUCCAGGAACACGUGAUGGGUCUGGGAAGGAGGAAGGGUGGGGGAAGAGGAAUGCAGGAUUAUGAGGAAUGCAGGAUUACAGGAAACUGAGGCUGGGCAGGUGCCACAGACUGUAGAGGAAGAAUGGCGCUGGCCCCUCACAUUUUUGGCCUGGGUAGAGCUGAACCUGGGAAGAGGUAGGUUAGAUUUUAUAAAGCUAGAAAGCAGUCUGAAUCUGCCCAUCUGUGAUGGGAGGCCAGAAGUCUACUAAUGGGAGGAAGUGGCAGAUUGGGGCCCACGAAGUACAACCGAGUGCCUGGCUGCCCGCACCAAUUCCUGAGUUUACGUGUGUGGCUGCUGCAUAGCCUGGAGAAGCCCCCAAGAAACUCAGUUCUUCUACUGCUGGGAGAGUCAGGAUCAGACACAUUUUCCUCCUUGGCCCACCUGGAGACGAGUCCCCAGUGGCCUGUUUGUCAGGGAUGUAGGGGGUGAGGAGGGCGGGACUUUACACAAGCACUUUGCUGCCCCCCUGUGGCCUCUUGAGAAAAAGCAGGAGCUGCUUGUAAGGGUGCUGUGGGUGGGGAUGAGCAGAGGGACCUGGCUGUCAGCCCUCCUUCCCCAGGUCUCCCAGACUUGUCUUUUCAAUGCCAUUUUCUGUUCCUUGUGUCCAAAGACUGUCACAUCUCUUGGACACUUUCCCUAUCUGCUGAAAACCAGCCCUGCACCACCCCAACCCUGCGCUGAUCCCACGUGUCUGAGGGCGCAGACUCAUGGGCUUGUCUGUCGGCUCUGGACACCACCACCACCCUUCUGGCCUCAGCUCCAAGUACCCCAGGGUCCCACGUCUGUUCUCUUUCCUGGUCUCACCUUCCCGGGAUCUGUGACUUACUGGAGAUAAUAAAAGCAAAUACCACACCA